AUGGAUAUCCUCGGUGUCGUGACCAACUUCCGCGACUUGGCGCGUGAACCAAAGAACCGCCCCGUCAUUGGCCAGGAUGCAGGCAGUCUUGGGUCCCUCAUCCUUUGCUUGGACAGCGAGCCUGCGGUGGUGGAGAUUGCUGUUGAAGCCCUCUACUACCUCUCCCUGUGCGAGGACAAUCUUGAGCCCAUGAAGCAAAGCCUUGGCCUGACUGACAGCCUCCGUGCCAUUGUUCGCAGCCCCUCCAGCGCGCCGCAACUCUCGCAAUGGGCUCACGCUAUCCUGUCGACCUUUGACAUGGCUGGCAAGCCCGAACUGCUCGCGACCAUGCAAACGCCUGUGCACAAUGGAUUCUUCAAGGGCAAAAUCAAUAAGAUGGCUCGCACGAUUGUGCUGCAGAUUGACGGGCUCAAUGAUUUAUACAGCCGCAACGCCCUUGAGCAGCGACUUCUGCAAGUCAAGGGCGUCGUUAGCUUUACCUUUGAUAUGAAGACAGCUCGUAUCACCAUUCGUGUGCGCGACUGGCUGCAAAUGGAGGUUCUGUGCGAUGCGGUGGCCGAUACUGGCAUGGCCGCUCGUCAGGUUGUGCGCGAUGAUGAUGGACAAGAAGUGAUGCUUUCGUUUGGUGCCUCUCCUUCCAAAUUUAACAAGGAAAACGCGCCGAUGCCCGACUAUCUGGAUGAGCAUGAGAUGUUGGACCCUGAAGCUGACCGCAAAGCUGUUGUGCAUUCUGGCUCGGAGAACCAGAAUGGGGGAUGGUUCUCCGCCAUCGGCGGCUAUCUGUCACGCAACCUGUACUGGUGA